AUGGACAACACCAAACGACCGCUCGAGGACAGUCAUCAGGCUUUGCCCUUUGCCGGGAGGCUUGGGGGGAAUCAGAGCUUUGCCGUAUCGCAGGGACGUCAAGCCGAUGCACGCCCGUUCGCCGGUCGAAUUGGCGGUAACCAGGCCUUUACUGUCUCGCUGCAACUCAACCCGGAAGCGGAUGCAAUCGUAAAGGAAACACCCGAUGCCGCUCCUUUACGAUCGCUCAAGGACGCGAUAGAUUUGAAAGGCUUCCUCCAGCCGGUCAUCUGGAAAGCCGCCGUCAUAGAAUGCUGGGGGACAUCGAUGCUCGUAUUCUCCGUCGGAUUGAUCGCCAAUGCCCUCGGCCCGUACCAUUCGGCGGACUCGCUGGGGGCCCCUUUGGUUGCCGCCCUUGGCAACUGGUUCGCCAUCACGCUCUUCAUCUUCGCGGCGGCACCGGCAUCUGGAGGCCAUCUCAACCCCUUCAUCACAAUGGCGACGUUGACAACAGGCCUUUCGACCCUCUCGCGUUCCGUGUUGUACAUGGUCGGCCAGUGCAUCGGAGCGCUGAUCGGCGCUUUUCUUCUGAAGCUCGGCAUCAGCGGCGCUGACUACUUCCCUUCCGGGAUAGUUCCCGGCUGCAGCAUAGACACGUCGCUCGUGAGCUACGGCCAGGCCUACGUCCUGGAAUUCAGUUCAUACCUCGUCUCUAUAUUCCUUUCCUUCGGCGUCGGUCUGGACCCCCGGCAAGGGGAAGUCUUUGGGCCGGCGCUGAGCCCGAUACUGAUUGGGCUGACGGUGGCGUUUGCGAGUUUCGCAACGGGAUUCCUGAAAGAGGGCUGGAGCGGGGCGUCGGAGAAGAAGGCGAGAGACGCCGCGUGGUGGAGGGGAGCGCAAGAGAAUAUGACGAAUAUCUCCAAAAUCUGCGCCAAAGAUGAAGUUGGAAAGGAGCAUCCCCUUGGAGCUUGA